UGUCACAGUGUCACUAUUUCAGCUGGGUAGAGAAGCUCGGCGCACACUAAGAGAAUCGGCAUUUUAAAGGACACCCUUACGGACAAGAACGUAUGCAAUGAUAUUUUACAUUUCUGCCUGAAACCGGACUAAAAAGAAAAAAUGACGGUGGAUUUUGAGGAUUGUAUCAAAGACUCACCCAGGUUCAGAGCGAACAUCGACGAGGUGGAGACAGAUGUGGUCGAUGUCGAGGCCAAACUAGACAAGCUGGUGAAGCUGUGCAGUGGCAUGAUCGAGGCUGGCCGUGCAUACGUCAGCGCCAACAAGCUGUUUAUCAAUGGCAUCCGAGACCUGUCCCACCACUGCAAGGAGGAGACGAUCACGGAGUGUCUAGAGAAAUGUGGAGAGAGUCUUCAGGAAAUCGUUAACUACCACAUGAUCCUGUGUGACCAGGCUCAGAGGUCCAUUAAGCAGCAACUGCACAAUUUUGUCAAAGAGGAUGUGCGCAAGUUCAAGGAGACAAAGAAGCAGUUUGACAGGUUGCGGGAGGACAUGGAGAUAGCGCAGGUGAAGAACGCCCAGGCACCGCGCAACAAGCCCCACGAGGCUGAGGAGGCUACCGGCACGCUCAUCACCACCCGGAAGUGCUUCCGACACCUCGCUCUGGACUACGUUUUACAGAUCAAUGUUUUACAGGCCAAAAAGAAGUUUGAAAUCCUUGAUUCGAUGCUGUCCUUCAUGCAGGCUCAGUACUUGCUCUUCCAGCAGGGCUACAGCCUCCUGGACGAGCUCAACCCAUACAUGAAGAAACUGGCCGCCGAGCUGGAUCAGCUGGUGAUCGACUCAGCCAUGGAGAAGAGGCUGAUGGAGCACCAGCAUGCCAUCAUCCAGCAGAGGACUUUGAUGCAGGACUAUGAUGAUUCAAAAGUGGAAUUUAACGUGGAUGCCCCAAAUGGAGUCGUGAUGGAGGGAUAUCUGUUUAAGAGAGCCAGUAAUGCGUUUAAGACAUGGAACAGGCGAUGGUUUUCAAUACAAAACAGCCAGCUCGUGUACCAAAAGAGACUAAAGGAUGCGCUGACGGUGGUGGUAGAGGACCUUAGGCUUUGCUCAGUCAAGCCGUGUGAGGACAUUGAACGGAGGUUCUGCUUUGAAGUGGUUUCCCCUUCAAAAAGCUGCAUGCUGCAGGCUGAAUCAGAGAAGCUCCGGCUGGCCUGGAUCGAGGCGGUACAAGCAAGCAUUGCCUCAGCCUACCGAGAGAUCACAGACAACUACUACACGCAGCGUUUGGACAGGACGGCGUCCCCCUCCACCAGCAGCAUAGACUCAGCCAGUGAGCCACGGGACAAAAGCGUGAGAGGUGACACCAUCCUCCAGAGGAUGCAGUCCGUCCCGGGCAACGAGCUUUGCUGUGACUGUAGCCAGGCCGACCCGCGCUGGGCCAGCAUCAACCUGGGCGUGCUGCUCUGCAUCGAGUGCUCUGGCAUCCACAGGAGUUUGGGUGUUCACUGUUCAAAGGUGCGCUCUUUAACGCUGGACUCUUGGGAACCAGAGCUAAUAAAGUUAAUGUGUGAGCUCGGUAACACAGUAAUUAAUCACAUCUACGAAGGUGCCUGUGAAGAAAGAGGUCUGAAAAAACCGGGACCCAGCAGCUCCAGGCAGGAGAAAGAAGCUUGGAUCAAGUCUAAGUACGUGGAGCGGAAGUUCCUGAAGAAGAUUUCUGGCUCGGAGGUGCUGACGGCUGGUGGCAGGAAAUCGCAUCACUGGCAUGUCAAGAAGUGCCGAAGGAACAACACUGUGCAGGUGCCCAAGACCCGUCGGAAAUACCGGCAUAACGGCGGGACUGUCUCACCAGGCAACCUCUCCGCAGCUGCUGCAGCCAGAUUCCGCAGGGAGUCACUCUUCUGUCCGGAUGAACUAGACUCGCUGUUCUCCUAUUUCGACACAGGCUCCGGGCCACGCAGUCUCAGCAGUGACAGCGGGUUGGGCGGAAGCACAGACGGCAGCUCUGACGUGCUGGGCUUCGGCUCGGUGGUGGACAGCGUCACCGAGGAGGAGUGUGAGGACUCUGAGGAGUCCAGUGGGGAGGUGGAGAUCGAGCAGGAGGUGUCAGACCCAGAGGACGCGCGUGAGCUGCACCCAGGAGCGCUGCUCUGUAAGGCGGCGCGCGCCCGGCUCCUGCCUGUCAUGGCCGAGGCGCUGGCGCACGGUGCUGAUGUCAACUCCGCCCAUGACGAGGAUGAGAGCAAGAGUCCCCUAAUACAGGCUCUGAUAGGGGGCUCGCUGAUAGCCUGCGAGUUCCUGCUGCAAAACGGAGCCGAUGUCAAUCAGAAGGACGCCAGGGGGCAGGGUCCGCUUCACCAUGCCACGUGUCUAAGCCACACAGGGCAGGUGUGUUUGCUUCUGAAGCGAGGAGCAUGUCAGACCGAGGUGGACGUGGACGGGCAAGACCCCUUGAGCAUCGCUGUGCAGGCGGGCAACGCCGACAUUGUUACACUGCUGCGGUUGGCUCGCAUGAACGAGGAGAUGCGGGAAGCAGACGGACCCCUCGGCCAGCCAGGUCAAUUCCCAGGCAGCAGUCCUACUGAGCAACAGUACAGAAAGUGCAUUCAGGAGUUUAUCUGCCUUACCAUAGAUGACUGCUAGGGGGAGCACCUGAGCAGGAUACAGGGCAAAGGGAGGGGUGGGUGGGCAGACAAUAUCAGCCUCUGUCUGGUUGUGAAACAAUAUCUUCGGUCACAUUCCUCCCUAUAGUUCUGUCCCUUGCUAUAUGACUCAUUUCAGAUUAUCAGUGGGGUACUGUCCAUUAAAAAUUCCAUGUCCACAGAGUAUUUUUAAAAAAAAUAAUGAAACUAUAAUGGCUAUUAUUGCUGCAGUAGCAGUAGGUACUCAGUGUGGCUGAUGCUGAAGACCUCGCUCUUUGUCGAGGCUUUGAAUGGCUGUGGGAUGAUGUUAAACAUGCAGAAAACAGCAGUACAAGCUUAAUGUAGGCAUGGCUAAAUAUCAUAGUGACUCAGAGGUAGCUUGGUAAGCACAUGAAAAUCACAUCAAAAUGGUUCUGUAGCAUUAUAUGGUCAUCUUGUACAAAUAUGACUGAGUGCACGUUGCCUACCGACAGUGUUUUAUUUGGUGGGUUUUUUUGUUUGUUUUGUAUUGUUUUGCUUUUUUUUCCGGCAUGAUUCUGCCGUCAGUGAGUGUUGUUCACUGUGUUUUUUGUUUUUGUUGCUGUCUUUUUUUUUUUGAUCUAUAUUUAUGAUAUUCUGCCCAGAGGACUCGUGCAAUGGUAACUGGAAUACAGAAAAUCUGUAUCCAUGUACAUUCUUCUCUGUUAGGUAAACACACAAGAUGUUCCAGUGUUGAACUGCAUUCUCUUCAGCCUUGCGUUCAUCGACUCAUUUUGACUCGCGAUUGUUUUUUUUCCACCCACAUUUAAAUUCCUCGCAUGGUUUAAUUAUGGACACUUUUCGAGCCCUUUAAAGUUUUAGAAAGAAGACGGUGAAUCUAAAUUAUUUAUAGAAGGUAUGAUAAUAGUUGUACGUUUUAUAUAUUUGUACUUGUAUCUCCAUACCCUGAAUUUACUCGUGAUGUGGCUUAUUUUUCUGAGUCAAUAGAGCUCUCGUCAAAAUCGGCUGCUUCAGACCGCACUUCUGUGCACGUUCAGCCCAGAGGAUGCUGGCUGGAGCAACACAUGACUGCAAGCAUGACUCCUUAUGGUGGCGAACAGGAUUUGUCAUUUUAUAGAAAUGCAUGGCUUUUUUGAUUAAAUCCAGUUUGGAGCACUGUUGUUCAAGAUUUUUAUGCACAUUAGUGUGGACUUCAUUAGCUAUCUCAGAAUCGCCUCUUAGCGGUACACGUAAGGCAUUUUUUAGCUGUCAGUAGUGUUGGUCAGCCGAAAUCUGAUGAGGGUGAACUGAAAAAUGCAUAUGAAUUGAACGACCUUCAAUAUUUUUGCAAAAGGUUAAAAGGUUUUAUAGAAACGCGACAGACUGUGAACGUACUGUUACUGGAGAAAGGCGUUUUUUUCUCAGUAUGAAAAAACUGCAGGAGAACAAACAUCUUAAAUGCUGCACAUUGCGCCUUUUUUGUUUUUGAUUAAAGUGUUUGAUCCAAAAUCUGAAACGGAAUGAAAAACAAAAAGCAGUAAUAGACGAUUUCUAACUCGAAUGGAGAUGACGUGGGGCUGGUUGAAGUGUUGUGUCUUUGGGUGUGUGUUCAGCGUUGAUUCUGCACUAUGCUCCUGAAGAACUGUGGUGUAAAUAUGUAUUAACUGCUCUCAACUGCUUGUGCUUUCUGUGGGUCAUUUUCCUGUUCUCUUUUACAAUGGUCCCUACAGUCUGUUUUCAUACUGUUAGAUAAAGUCCUGCACUUGGAGACAUUCUAGCAUUAUUUACACAACUAAAAUCUUAAACAAAACUCGAUUGUCUUUUGAAACACUGAAAAAAAAAGGAGAAAGAAUAAAACUUUGAUGCUCUUAAA